AUUAUCUACCUGUCGAUCGUCGGUCCAGUGAUGCUGGCGGCAGUUUUCGAAUGGAUCCUCUGGCUCGCAGCCUUCAUUUACUGCUUGGUCAAGUUCGGUAUGAUACAUCACGCUAGCAAUUAUUUAUCAAGAUUGCUUACAACCCAGUUUGUUAGACUUGCCUUUCUUCCAGUCAUGCUAGUGACACUUCCAUUGCCGCCCCACAUCAUGGUCUACAUACCACAGAAAAUGGUUAGCGGGUUCCAGAGUUUCGCAUUUGGGGCAUUCUCCAUCCUCCUCAUCGUUCCAUGGCUUUGCUGCGUCUAUGUCUUGACUACCAACUCCCUAGGCAGGAAAAAGAGGAUCAAGCAAGUCCUAGAUGAUCGCACCGCUCCGAAGACCGUUGUUGUCAUGCCUGUGUACAAGGAGGCGCCAAGCAUAUUGAUCAAAGCCAUCAACUCCGUGGUCGACUGUGAUUAUCCACCAAAUUGCAUCCAUGUAUUUCUUUCAUACGAUGGCGGCAUGGUGGAUGAACCGUACCUUCAGGUCCUUGCGCAUCUCGGUGUUUCGAUUUCACUGCAGAUAUAUCCCCAGAGCAUCGACUGCACUUACAAAGGUGCUCGAAUCACUGUGUCUCGGUUCAUGCAUGGAGGUAAAAGGCACUGCCAGAAGCAGACCUUCAAGCUCAUCGACAAGGUCUAUGCUGAUUAUCUUCGGAGAAAUGACAAUUUAUUCCUGCUUUUCAUUGAUUCCGACUGCAUUCUUGACCGCGUUUGCCUGCAGAACUUCAUGUACGAUAUGGAACUGAAGCCAGGCAGCAAGCGCAACAUGUUGGCGAUGACCGGUAUCAUCACUUCAACCACCGACAAAAACAGCCUGCUCACCAUCCUUCAAGAUAUGGAAUAUGUCCAUGGGCAGCUUUUUGAACGAUCGGUUGAGUCUGGAUGUGGUGCAGUGACGUGCCUUCCUGGAGCUCUUACUAUUCUGCGGUUUUCAGCCUUCCGGAAGAUGGCAAAAUAUUACUUCUCCGACAAAGCUGAGCAAUGCGAUGAUCUCUUUGACUAUGGAAAGUGUCAUUUGGGAGAAGAUCGCUGGCUCACCCAUCUAUUCAUGAUUGGUGCCAACGAGCGAUAUCAAAUCCAGCUGUGCACCAGCGCUUUCUGCAAAACAGAAGCAGUGCAAACAUUUGGCAGUCUUCUCAAGCAGCGCCGACGAUGGUUUUUGGGGUUCAUCACCAAUGAGGUGUGCAUGAUCACAGAUGUACGGCUUUGGGUUAAAUACCCACUGCUCUGCUUGGUCCGUUUCAUGCAGAAUACUAUCCGAACUACUGCACUCCUGUUUUUCACCAUGAUUGUGGCACUUAUCACUACAUCAAAGAAGGUAGAUGAUCUGCCUGUCGCUUUCAUGGGAUUUUCCCUUGGCCUGAACUAUAUGCUCAUGUUCUACUUCGGCCUACGUCUCGGUCGUUUCAAGGCCUGGCUUUAUCCGCUCAUGUUUCUUGUGAACCCUUUUCUCAAUUGGAUAUAUAUGGUUUAUGGCAUAUUUACCGCUGGUCAAAGGACAUGGGGCGGGCCUCGUGCGGAUGCCGCAACCGCCGAUGACCAUACCACCCCUGGUGAAGCGGUAGAGUUGGCUAAAGAACUGGGUGAUGAGUUCAAUGUCGAUGUUCAUACCUUCCGCAAUACUCAUCUUGUGCGCCGGAAAUCUGUCCCUGUCCGCCCAUCAGCAGAUGUGGUAGGGCAGUUUGCUCCCACUGAACAGGUUUCAGAUGACGUUUUUGUUUGA